AGCGGCUCCCAGUCUCUUAAGUUCCACCGAACUGAAAGUUAGGUUGCAACUUCCUGCAAAAAAGACACGUAUUUAUCAGUGUGUAUCACCAUUCUGUCCCCACCCACGGAUUUUAAGAGCUUUCUUUGAGCUUAUACCGUAGCGAGGCAAAUAUAAAAACUGUUCUGUACACUUUAAGGAUGUGUAAGCCAGUUAGCUUUAGCGUUAGCAUGUUAGGUGCUAGCUAGCAAGUGACAAGAGGAAAACAAACAAACGGAGGCAUUUCGGUUGGGUUUCUCCUUUAUUGGCAGUGACAUGUCGAAGGUGUAAUAACCGCAGCACGAUGCCCGUAAUCCUGUUCCUGAUAGACACGUCCGCCUCCAUGAACCAGCGUUCCCACCUGGGCACAACAUAUCUGGACAUAGCUAAGGGUGCUGUUGAGACUUUCCUCAAGCUCAGGAGUAGGGAUCCGGCGAGCAGAGGAGACCGAUACAUGCUAGUUUCUUUCGAGGAAGCUCCUGUCGGGAUAAAGGCCGGAUGGAAAGAGAGUCACGCUACGUUUAUGACGGAGCUGAGGAACCUGCACGCUGCUGGAUUAACUACAUUCGGCCAGGCUUUGAGGACGGCUUUCGAUUUGCUCAACUUGAACAGAUUGGUUUCAGGGAUAGAUAACUAUGGGCAGGGGAGAAACCCGUUUUUCCUGGAUCCUGCCAUAAUAGUGGCGAUUACUGACGGGAGCAGACUGACCGGCACUUCAGGAGUUCAGGAUGAGCUGCACUUACCCUUGAUGACCCCGUUGCCGGGCAGCGAGCUGACGAAAGAGCCGUUCCGAUGGGACCAGCGCCUCUUCUCUUUGGUGCUCCGUAUUUCAGGCUACGCUCCUUUGGAACCCGAGCUAGUGGGUGGGGUCCCGUCAGACCCCUCCCCUGUUACACCCAUGUGUGAGGUCACAGGAGGCCGCUCGUACAGUGUGUUUUCUCAGCGCAUGCUGAAUCAGUGCCUGGAGUCUGUGGUGCAGAAGAUCCAGAGCGGUGUGGUGAUAAACUUUGAGAAGACAGGCCCGGACCCUGCUGAAGAUGUUCCUUUAGAAGUUAAAUCCAGCCCACAGCCGUGGCACAGCUGCCAUAAGCUCAUCUACGUGCGGCCCAAUCCCAAAACAGGGGUUCCCGUUGGUCACUGGCCCAUUCCUGAGAGCUUCUGGCCCGAUCAGAACUCCCCCACUCUGCCACCACGGAUGGCUCACCCACAGGUCCGGUUUUCCUGUUUGGAAGCAGAGCCUAUGGUUGUAGAUAAGGUCCCAUUUGAUAAGUACGAGCUGGAGCCGUCUCCUCUAACGCAAUACAUCCUGGAGAGGAAGUCACCGCACACCUGCUGGCAGGUUUACGUUAGUAACAGCGCUAAGUACGGCGAGCUCGGCCAGCCGUUCGGCUACUUGAAGGCGAGUACGGCGCUCAGCUGUGUCAACCUCUUCAUCAUGCCCUACAACUACCCUGUGGUGCUGCCCCUCCUCGACGACUUGAUUCGAGUGCACAAGUUCAAGCCGACUCCGAAAUGGCGGCAGGCCUUCGAGAGCUACCUAAAGACCAUGCCACCAUAUUACCUCACUCCCCUGAGGAAGGCGCUGAGGAUGAUGGGAGCACCGAACCUCCUGGCCGAAAGCAUGGAGUACGGCCUGAGCUACAGCGUUGUGUCGUACCUGAAGAAACUCAGUCAGCAGGCAAAAGUGGAGGCGGACCGCGUGUGCUUGCUGGUAGGGAAGAAAGCAGGGCCUGACAUAGGGAUCAAGCUCCGCCUCCGAGGCUCUGCUCUCUCGUUAGCGCACAGAAAGGAUUUCGCACAGCUGCUGCAGGGCAUCAUGGGAGACGGGCCGCUUGACAUCAACCCAAAAGAGUUUUCAGGGUUCCAGCUUGCUGUGCUCAACAAGGCCCUCAGGCCACAGAGUCUGAGGAACCCGUAUGAUGUACCCAGGACCCAGCUGCUGGACCAGCUAAGCCGCAUGAGAAGGAAUCUCCUGAACACCAGCGUGUGUUUGCUCAAGGGUCAAGACCAAGAUCAGCUCCACAGCGUGCCCAUAGCCCAAAUGGGUAACUAUCAGGACUUCCUGAAACUUAGCCCCGCCCCCUUGAGAGAGGUGGACCCGGACCAACCAAGACGACUCCACACCUUCGGGAACCCCUUCAAACUGGACAAGAAGGCGAUGAUGGUGGAUGAAGCAGACGAGUUUGUGACUGGGACUCAGGGGAAGGGCAAGCGACCCAGCGAUACCGGCACGUCUACCGGUGCUCCCAAAAGGAGGAGGUGCAUGUCACCGUUACUCCGCCCAGGACAUUCGUACACUCUGCCGAAUAAGACGCCACCCAGAGCUCCAGAUUCGAAUCAUGUGGGCCACUUCGACCUGGAGCGAGCCCCAUUGCCGAACCACACGGGACAUCUUGAUUCAGAACAGGGCCUGGAUUCCAACCACGUCGAUUUGGAACAUGCCCCAGAGUUCAAUCACACAGACAGCCUCGAUUCAGAACGCUCCCAGGAACUACCGCCUUUGCCCCCUAUCCUCCACGGAAAUCACCUGGAGGAGGAGGAGAAGGAGGGGGCCAGGCAGCAGAACGGAGGAGGACAGCUAGAGGAAGACGAGCUGAAAAACAGGAGGAGUGUGAGGAGGAGGGAGGAGGGGUGUGAGCUGAACACUGAGCUUAGAGUCCUCAUAACCAGGGAGAUCAGAAAGCCGGGUCGACAUUAUGAGAGAAUCUUCUACCUCCUGAAGCAGAUCCAGGGCAGUCUGGAAACGAGACUCAUCUUCCUGCAGAACAUCAUUAAGGAGGCGGCGAGAUUUAAAAAGCGAGUGCUGAUCGAGCAGCUGGAGAACUUUCUGGAAGAAAUCCAUUUACGAGCGAACAGCAUGAACCAUCUGGACGCCUUCUAAUCACAGACAAUCACACGGCGAAAAUCUGUGUAAUCACACCUCAGGGCAAAGGGGAAACAUAGAAUAUAACCCCAAACAAUCACUCCCAGACCCCCCCCCCCCCCCCCCCCCCCCUUUCCCUGUUCCUGUGCUUCUUAUCUUUUUAUUUCUCCUGCUUUAUGCCAAAGAUACAUGACUUUGCAUUGCUAAUUCCAGAUCCUCACUGAAGACAAAUUUGACUAAUAAAUUUGUCGUUAAAUUAAGGAAGUGUCUGUGCUGUCGUGAAAACUGGCUCUAAAUCAGACAUCUCACUUGGUGUCAAGGAGACGCACAGGUCAAGCGAUCAUAGCGUUUAAAGUAAUUUAAAUGUUAAAUCUUUAAAGUCAAGUAUUUAAAAACAAUCCUCAGUGUGUAAGGAUUUAUUUAAUCUGAUUAGGACAGUCAGCAAAACACAAAAUGUCACUCUGUCCAUCACCAAUGUCUUUCCUUUUCGUUUCGGGUCUGUCCUUCGUCCUGACUACUCUCUUAUCUAACACCCCGCUGCAGCGACCUCGCGACUCCUCACAGGGACCACUGUGACCACUCCGGCUCCACACUAUUUUGUUCACAUUAUACAAAUGUAAAUACUGAAAUGUAAAGUAUUAUUUAAUGGACGCUUUCUUUUUUGUACAUGGAUAAAUAAAAUGUCUAUUUUAUACUGUGUAUAACUAUUUGAAAUAAACAUUUUGUAAACUUUUUUUUUAUGAAAGACAUGAAUUUAAAACGAUAUCAGUUUGAAAAGUGUGUGUUGCAAAUAAAUGUCUAUGAUAGUG